GUUCAGUUGAAGCAAGCAGCUGUUAUUAUCAAUGGUGGUAUAGCACUGUUUGCCGGCAUCAAUCUGUACCGAGGAAAUGAGAAAUUCUAUGAUGAAAUUGCCAUGCCAUUGCUUCAUUUCUUACCACCAGAAACAGCUCACAACCUGAGCAUCAAACUUGCCAAGUUCAAGAUUGUACCCAGAGUGCAGACUUUGGAUCCACCUUCGCUUAAAACAGUGGUGUGGGGCCGUUCAUUCCCGAAUCCAAUUGGUUUGGCAGCCGGAUUUGACAAACACGCUGAGGGCAUAGAUGGGCUCCUGAAAAUGGGUUUCGGCUUUGUUGAAGUUGGCAGCGUGACCCCUAAACCUCAGCCGGGUAAUCCCAAACCCAGACUGUUUCGACUUGAUGAGGAUAAAGCUGUCAUAAACAGAUAUGGAUUUAAUAGUGUUGGCCAUGACAUUGUUUACCACAGACUCAGCCAGCGGUUCAUGCAAGUUGAUAACCCAGGUUAUCAGCAAACUUAUUUGACAGAUAAAAGAAAUUUACUAAACAUCGAUUUUUGGACAGACACUGACAUGGAAGGGGAAGAAACCCAUCACCAUCACUAUCAGACCCACUGGAGUUCAGUUCAUGUGUUGAAUAACAGGAAACAUUACAGGAGAAAAGCAAAUGGUAUCGUUGGAGUUAGUCUAGGCAGAAAUACAAUUUCUCCCAGUCCACUGGAUGACUAUGUCAAAGGGGUGCGUCGAUUUGGCCGGGUGGCAGACUAUCUGGUUGUGAAUAUCUCAAGUCCCAGCAUUCAAGGUCUCAGAGAUAUGCACAGACAGGAAGAGCUGACUUUACUGUUGCACAAGGUGAAGGAUGAGAGAGAUAAUCUGAUGGUCACCCCAAAGCCAGCCCUUCUGGUCAAGAUAUCUCCUGAUUUAAGUGAUAACGAGAAGAAGAAUAUUGCAGAUGUGAUUACGAGACCCCACUGCCGAGUUGAUGGACUGAUUGUGUGUAAUACAACAGUAUCUAGACCCACUUCCCUCAGGAGCAAAUUGAAGAAAGAGCCAGGGGGACUGAGUGGAGAGCCACUGAAGGCGAAAGCUUUGGAAACUAUCAGAGACAUGUACAAGUUGACACAAGGUCAGGUUCCCAUAAUCGGAGUGGGUGGAGUGAGCAGUGGUCAGGAUGCCUACGAUAAGGUGAAGGCAGGUGCCUGCUUGAUUCAGGUGUACACAGCGUUGGUUUUUCACGGUCCUCCAGUUAUCAGCAAGAUCAAGAGGGAGAUGGCCGAACUCCUCAGGCGAGAUGGCUUCAAUCACAUUUCUGAGGCAGUGGGUGCUGACACGAAACAGGGACAAACGCAGCAUGAAAGCAGCAGACAUGAGCAUCAGAUGCUGCAUCCUCACUGA